AUGGUUGAACCGGAGGAGGUCAUUGACCAUUUGCGUCUCCUUCGAGCGUUCCAGCGGAUGUUCAGUGGAAUCCAUGAAUGGGUGGAGUUCGAGACGUCGAGCAGAGUGCGCUUCAUCCACACCUUGCUUGUGAAUGAGGCCGAAGAGUUGACCAAUGACAUCGCUAUCCCAUUGGAAGUAGUCUACUUGUGGUAUUAUCAUACCCUUCACGACAAACCUGUUCACAGUUAUGCCCCGCUUCCGAAGUGGAACAUCUCUGACUUUGCUCGCUACGUUGAUGACGACGACUUCUACGUGCCACCUCCCGAAGCCCAAACUCGGUUUGAAGAAGCGCUGCUGCUCUCGUUCGUCCACCAUCCAAGCCGGCUUGAAUGGUACUGUUCGUGCUGUUCAUCGUUGUUGGGGAGAUGGUCUGUAGAAUGGUUUCACAACAAUCACAUCAUCAAUACCUUCUGUGUGUGCCGUGAAGGCGAAGGUCCAAUGCAAGAUGAGAUUGCGCGGCGGUGGCUUGCGGCGGCGGCCGAGCGAGGCGACUGGGAUGGCGAAGGGGUUUCCUUUUUGCUCAAGCUAUACAUGAAGUAUGCUGUAUCCCACCGGAAACUUGUCUUUGAUCUUUUACACACUGACGAACCGGUCGGUGAAGUGAUUGAUCACCACACCACGCGAUGGAACCGACCGGUUAAGUCUCAUGCGUACCACAGAAUGCUUGAGGAGCGGGUAUUUGAUAUGGCGUUGGCGGCAGCACCCCCCAUCCAGGGCAUGGUCCCGUUGACGACUAAGUUUCUGGUGUACAAUUUGUGUGAUGGACACGAUGACCAUUUCCGCAGGACUAUCGCUGACUACUGCCGUGAACUAGAGUGGGCGGACAACAUUCUUGCCGCCCUUGAUGUGUCAGAGGCGAUAUUUCAGGUCGACGCUGGUUUAGUGGAUGAAAGAGCGGUGACGCAUGCACAGAAACUUGUACGUGACACUAUAACCAUUUCCAACAACACCAGAGGAUCACAAGGGAUCACAUCACACAUGGGGCGGGCGUUAGAUCGGGUGAAGCCUCCCUCAGCGGGAUCAGGUUAG